AUGCUAGCCUCCGAAAAGGGACACGGCACGAUCGUCGAGUUCCUGCUAUCCAAAGGCGCAAACCUGAACGCGACUAACAUCUUCCAUGAAACUGCCCUCAGUGUAGCAGCACAGACUGGCGCGCUCGACACCGUGGAACUCCUACUGGAUCAACCCGGGACUCUUACCGACCUGCCCGACACAUCCGGACAGACCGCGUUCUGGUGGGCAUGCUCUAAUGGCCACCUAGCAGUCGUGGAGAGACUGCUCGCCAGACCGGAUGUCGACAUCAACCGCCCACGUCAAGACGGCGUGACGCCGCUGAUCUCGGCAACCGGCGCAGGUCACACUGCCGCCGUUGUCCGGGUACUUCUCGAAGACGAUCGUACAGACCCAGGGCAUGCGAGCUUGAUCGGCACAGCGCCGCUCCAUUGUGCGUCGUGGGACGGUCACUAUGAUGUGCUAAAGCUCCUGUUAGCCAGAGACGAUAUUGACGUGAAUUGCGAGGACAACGCUGGCUGGACACCUCUGACCUGGGCAGCAUUUAACAAAUCCACGAGUCUGAUGCAACUAUUCUUGGAUGAUCCCCGUACGGACGUCAAUGCACAAGAGCACCAGGGCAGGACGGCGCUUUUCUUUGCAGCGAAAACGCGUCAGCGAGCUGUUGUGGAAGCUCUUUUGAGUCAUCCAAUGAUCGAUGCUGCGAUCACAGAUCACACCGGCAGAAAUGCUGUGAUGUAUGCGAAUGAGCUUGGGCAUCUGGAUAUUGCUGCCUUGAUUGAGGCAUCUGUAAAGAGAAGGGCAAUACCAAUAGUAUAG